AUGGCAGACAGUGAGGUAGCUCUAGGAGUGAUCUUUUUGUCACAGAUUAUGGUUGGAUCUCUGGGCAAUUUUUAUCUCCUCCACCAUUAUCUGUUGUCUCACUUCAGGGAAUACACAUUAAGAUCCAAAGACUGGAUUCUGAUGCACUUGACUAUAGCGAACAUCUUAACUUUAUUGAGUAGAGGAAUGCCCCAGACAAUGGCAGCUUUUGGGUUGAAAGACUUUCUCAAUGAUUUUGAAUGCAAAGUGAUUUUCUAUCUCAACAGAUUGGGCAGGGGUGUGUCCAUAGGCAGCACUAGCUUCCUGAGUAUCUUCCAAGCCAUCACCAUCAGCCCCAUGGAAUCCAUAUGGGCAGAACUUAAAGGUAGAAGGCAGAAACAUAUUGUUUCUUCUGUGUACCUGAGCUGGAUCCUAUAUAUGCUUGUCAGUAGUCUAAAUCUUGUGCACUUAAGAGCAAAAUACAAGAACAAUACAGCAAGCCUAAAAGAUCUAGGAUACUGUGCUGCUACUCCUACUGAAAGAAUCAAAGACAUAUUGUAUGCAACAUUGCUGUCAGUUCCUGAUUUUCUUUUUGUGGGACUCAUGGUCUGGGCCAGCACCUCUAUUGUUCUCAUCUUACACAGACACAAGCAGAGGAUGCAACACAUGCCCAGGGCCAAGGUCUGCUCCAGAUCUUCCCCUGAGUCCAGAGCUACUCAAACCAUCAUUUUCCUGGUAAGCACCUUUGCCUUCUUUUACACAAUCUCUUGUAUCAUUAUGAUAUGUAUAAUUCUUUCUAGUCAUCAUAGAUGGCUCCUGAUGCAGGUGUCCGCAUUACUUUCUGGGUGCUUCCCGACUGUCAGCCCCUUUCUUCUCAUGAGCCAUAAGUUCAGAAUGGUACCCUACAGUGAAAAGGACUCCAGUACACUUACAGUUCAAAUUUUCUAUCAUGAAUCCAAGGCUUUUGAUCUGUCCAGCAAUAGUGCUUUGCCAUCUACAUAUGGUGAAAAGUUAAAACCAGUAGCAAGAUCUCGUCCUGUUAGGUUUUCAUGGAACAAGGUAUAUUCUCAGGGACAAGAGAAAGACAGCACUAAUUUUAUAUUUCAAGUUGAAAAUGGAGAUCCUAGCAUGGAGAUGCAAGGUGGACACAAAGUUCCACCCUCAGCUGAGGAGAUGCUGGCAAUUGAGAACAGACAGGAGAAGAGAACAUUUGCACUAAGUAUGUGA